ACGCUUGAAUUGUUAAUGUUUGUGUAAUUUGUGCCAAACGGCGAAUCGAAGCACAAUAUAAUUACGUGUUUAUUUGUGAACAGAGUGUUUUGAUAAGCGUGCGCACGUAGCAGAGCUUUAAAUUUGCACCGUUUCAUGUGUCGUUUAAUGCGCCAACGAGACAGCAACAAGUGGUAUCACCACAAACAGCCAAGAGAUCAACGCCAAACCGAAAAAUAAUAAUUCAAUAACAUAAACAUGUCGCGGCAUGAGAAGUCAAAAUCGGUGGGCGGCGGCCUGCUGGAGAGCUGGUUCGGCCGCCCCUCCAAGUCGAAGGGCAGCGGCAACUACAACAGCAAUUCGCUGCCCCACAGCGCCGGCCGGCCCGUCUCCACGGACAAUGAUGGUGCCCUGGAUGUGGACGAGCUGCAGCGGCACAUACAGGAUCUGAGCGAGGCAGAGGUGAAUGCCAAAUUUCUGGAAAUCAUCGAGGAUAUGAACAUACCCAAGGACAAGCGCGAACCGCUGCUCAGCAAGACCGUGGAGGAGCGCCAGAAGAUGUUAUUCAUGCACAUGAAAGGCAAAAACUCACUGGAGCGCAGAGCGAAUUCUCGGUUUGAGAAGCCCAACGACUACAUCGAGUAUCUACAGAAUGGGGAGCACAGCGAGAAUAAGGUUUAUCAGUGCGUGGAAUCGCUGCGUGUGGCGCUUAAUAGCAACACGAUAUCCUGGAUCAAGGCGUUUGGCGAGGCGGGCAUCGAGCAGAUCGAGAAGCUGCUGGCGCGCGCCAAAAAGGAUCGCACCUACGAUCGCAUCGAAUUCGAGGCCAUACGCUGCCUGAAGGCCAUCAUGAAUAAUACGUGGGGCUUGAAUGUGGUCCUGACACCGGAUCAGCAUAGCGUGGUGUUGCUGUUGGCCCAGUCGCUGGAUCCGCGCAAGCCGCAGACCAUGUGCGAGGCCCUCAAGCUGUUGGCCUCCUUUUGCAUUGUGUACGAACGGAAUGGCUAUGAGAAGGUGCUGCGUGCCAUUACGACAAUUGCGGCCUCGUCGUACAAGUCGAGCGAACGGUUUAGGCCCAUUGUGGAUGCACUUUUUGCCUCCGACAAGCAGGAUCCCAAGCGGGAGCUGGCCUGCCACAGUCUCAUCUUUAUCAAUACGCUCACAAAUACGCCGACGGAUUUGAAUUUCCGUCUCCAUUUGCGCUGCGAGAUCAUGCGCAUGGGUCUGUACGAACGGCUGGAUGAGUUCAAGGAGAUUGUCGAGAGCAGCAACAAUGAGGCGCUGCAGGAGCACUUCAAGAUCUUCAAGGAGAUACGCGACGAUGAUUUCGAGGAGUUCGUCCAACGAUUCGACAAUGUCGAAUUCAAUAUGGACGAUGCACAGGAUUGUUUCGAUGUGCUUAAGAAUCUGGUCACAGAUACGAGCUCGGAGCCAUAUUUUCUCUCCAUCCUACAGCAUUUACUGUACAUACGCGAUGAUUUCUAUUUUCGGCCCGCCUACUAUCAGCUGAUCGAGGAGUGCAUAACACAGAUCGUAUUCCACAAGGGCUACUGUGAUCCCAAUUUCGAGAAUCGCGACUUCAAGAUUGACACUUCGGUGCUGCUGGACGACAUUGUGGAGAAAUCAAAGGCCAAGGAGACGCAACGUGCCGAGGAGUAUGAGAAGAAGAUCGAGGCGCUCGAGAGCGCCAAACAGGAGGCGGAGGCCAAGGCGGCCCAUCUCGAGGAGAAGGUCAAGCUAAUGGAGGCCAGCGGUGUGGCAGCGCCAUCACCCAACAAAUUGCCCAAAGUCAAUAUACCGAUGCCGCCGCCGCCGCCAGGCGCCGGUGGUGCAAUCCCACCGCCACCUCCACCCAUGGCAGGUGGUCCGCGACCGCCGCCGCCGCCCCCGAUGCCCGGCAUGGCGGGUGGUCCGCGACCGCCACCGCCGCCUCCGAUGCCGGGCAUGGGUGGUGGUCCGCCGCCGCCGCCCAUGCCCGGAAUGAUGCGGCCGGGUGGUCCGCCGCCGCCGCCCAUGAUGAUGAUGCCGAUGGCGCCGGUGCUGCCCCACGGACUGAAGCCCAAAAAGAAAUGGGAUCCCAAGACUCCAAUGAAGCGUGCCAAUUGGAAGGCCAUUGUGCCGGCCAAGAUGUCAGAGAAUGCAUUCUGGGUGAAAUGCCAGGAAGAUAAGCUGGCCUCCGACGAUUUCCUACAGGAGCUGGCCAUCAAGUUCUCCUCGAAGCCCGUCAAAAAGGAGAACCAAAAGGAUGCCGUCGACAAGCCCACAACGCUGACCAAAAAGAACGUCGAUUUGCGCGUCCUCGACUCGAAGUCGGCACAGAAUCUGUCCAUUCUGCUCGGCGGCUCGCUGAAGCAUCUGUCCUACGAGCAAAUCAAAAUAUGCCUGCUGCGCUGUGAUACCGACAUCCUGUCCUCCAAUAUACUGCAAAAUCUAAUACAAUAUCUGCCGCCGCCCGAGCAGCUGAAGCGUCUGCAGGAGUUCAAGGCGAAGGGCGAACCUCUGCCGCCCAUCGAGCAAUUCGCAGCUACCAUAGGUGAAAUCAAACGUUUGUCGCCGCGCCUGCACAAUCUGAACUUUAAGCUGACGUAUGCGGACCUGGUGCAGGAUAUCAAGCCGGACAUUGUUGCCGGCACGGCGGCCUGCGAGGAGAUACGCAACAGCAAGAAGUUCUCGAAAAUAUUGGAGCUCAUUUUGCUGCUGGGCAACUACAUGAAUUCGGGCUCCAAGAACGAGGCCGCCUUCGGCUUCGAGAUAUCCUAUUUGACCAAAUUGACAAACACAAAGGAUACGGACAAUAAGCAAACGCUGCUUCACUAUUUGGUCGAUCUGGUCGAGAAGAAGUUUCCGGAGGCACUCAACUUUUACGACGAUCUGUCGCACGUGAACAAAGCGUCGCGCGUCAACAUGGAUGCCAUACAGAAGAAUAUGCGGCAAAUGAAUGCGGCCGUCAAGAAUCUGGAAACGGAUCUGCAGAACAACAAGGUGCCGCAGUGCGAAGACGACAAGUUCAGCGAGGUGAUGGGCAAAUUUGCCGUCGAGUGUCGUCAGCAGGUGGAUGUGUUGGGCAAAAUGCAGGUGCAAAUGGAGAAGCUGUUCAAGGAUCUGAGCGAGUACUAUGCCUUCGAUCCCAGCAAGUACACAAUGGAGGAGUUCUUUGCGGACAUCAAGACGUUCAAGGAUGCGUUCCAGGCGGCGCAUAACGACAAUGUGCGCAUACGCGAGGAGCAGGAGAAGAAACAGCGCAUGCAGGAGGCACGCGAACAAUCGCAACGCGAGCAAAUGGAGCGACAACAGCGCAAAAUGGCCGUGGUCGAUAUGGAUGCGGCACAGGCGCAGGAGGGCGUCAUGGACAGCCUGCUGGAGGCGCUGCAGACGGGCUCCGCUUUCGGGCAGCGCAAUCGGCAGCCGCGUCGCCAGCGACCGGCAGGCGCCGAGAGACGCGCCCAGCUCAGUCGCAGCCGGUCGAGAACACGGGUCAACAACGGGCAGUUCAUGACCCGCGAGAUGAUACUAAACGAGGUGCUGGGCUCGGCGUAGUAUGGGCAUUUGAUUAUACGGCCGUGUGUGUAUAUAUAUAAAUAGACAUAUAGACAACUAAGUGCUUAGAUCUGUAGCCUUGUUUAUAUCAGCCACAAAUUGGAGCUAAGUGAAGCUAUUCGAAGAUCGCCAGGCAGCAACUAAAUUGGAACAGCCGCAAAAUCCUAGAUAAAUCGGUCUAUAAUUCACAUAACAGUAUACAUAUAUAUAUAUAUAUAUACAUAUCGUAUCGGGGGCAAAUGCGCAGCGAUAAAUACAUAUAUUUUUGAUACGCUUUUUUGACCAACAUUUUCGAAAGUCAAGAUACCAUUUUUUACUCUCACGCUUUUGGCUCUAUUGAUUCCUUUUCAAAAUAGUUUUUAUUGUUGUUUAUCAUGUGAAUUGUUCGUUGCACUUCGUUUUCGGGGCACCAGAACAAACGAUCUUAACAUUAUGGAAUUCCUCUUGUAUUUAAUUUGAUCCUAAGACGCAUUCUUAUUUGACUAUUUUCCAUUCUAUUUUAACUUGAUUAUCUGCCUGCUACAUUUAACAGCUGGUUAAUAUGUCUAUCUAUCUAUCUAUCUAUCUAGUUUUUUUUUUUGUAUCUCGACAGAAUGUUCGCAUAUAUUUAUAUAGUUUUUAAAAGAUAAUUUGCUAGCAACUAAACUAAUCGAGCUGUUAAACUAAUUUGUCGUAGAAUCGUACUUUGUAAUUAUAUAAUUUUCUAAUAAUUUAGGAAUAAAAUUCCCCC